CAAAAUACUGUCGUCUUGAGCAUUCGUUGCCGCUCCCCAUGGUCGCUGUCCACGUCCGCGGGUCGGAAUCCGGCGCUCUGCGAGCGGCGGUUGCGCUCGUUCGUGGCCUUGAGCCAGUGAUGGACGUGCAUCUAACGAUUGCGCUGAGCAACGACCCUCUUGUCAUCACUGUCGGCAGCGGUGCCUCGGCAGUGACGUGCGCCAACGUCAACGAGCUUGCCAAGCUUCUUCGCCGUCAUAUUCACUGGUUGCCGCCGCCGUCCAGCGAGCCACUUCGACUCUUCGUCGCAGGUGACAAAUCCCAGGUCGGUAAAUCGACAACGUGCAUGGCUCUCCUCGGCGCCUUUCUCAAGCUCGGAUACCGCGCCGACGAGCUCGCCUAUAUCAAACCCACGACACAAUGUGAGGCGCCGCAAAUGAUAUCGACCUUUUGUACUCAUCACGGGAUUGCCGCUGUUCCGAUCGGUCCCGUCGUCUUCUUCUCUGGCUUUACACGGUCGUUUUUGGACCAGCCGGAUCAACAAGCAGCAAGCAGCGUGCUGCUCGACAGCAUUCGCGACGCCGUUCGUGGCCUGUCCCGGGGCAAACGCAUCGUUGUUGUCGAUGGCGUGGGCUAUCCAAGUGUUGGGUCAAUUUGUGGUGUCUCCAACGCUGAUGUCGCUUCGGCACUACGCCCAAUUUCGGUUUUGCUCGUGGGUAAACCUGGCGUUGGUGAUGCGGUCGACUCGUUUAAUCUCAACGCGAGCUACUUUGAGGCCGCAGGCCUCCGCGUUCUUGGAGCCGUCUUCAAUCGGCUGCCCGCUGAAGGGUACUACUGCCUUGCUAACUGCGAGCGCAGCGUGCGUCAGUACUUUGCACACCAUGCGUACCGCGACCAAAAGGCGUAUGGAUUUGUGCCAGAGUUCUCACCGACCAUCACCGAUGACACGAGCGCGACCUACGAGCAGAUUGUUUCGAACUUCACGGCGUCCGUUGAUGUCGUCGGCUUGCUUCGCGAUGCGCGAAAUGUCAUCAACGCGACACCAAAGCGACGUUUGGAGCCAUUGGCGCUGCCGGAGUCACCGCCGCUCAAGAAGGCGAGGCCGCUCACAAUCGCGUUUCAAGACCGAAGCACCGUUCAGACACAAGCCGCAGCUAGUGGUGCUGCCUCGUCGUGACGCGGCUAGGUUACUGUGCCUUUAAUUUGUAUGCGAACCCCACCAGACAUGCAUGACGCAGUCGUCGUCAACCAGCAAGCCUGGCCGACGAUUGCCGAAAAGGGCAAGGGCUCGAAUUCGUAGGUAACAAAAUAACCUCGUGCGUCAAGAAAUAACGUCUUAGUUACGAUCUUCGA